AUGAAUGUCUGUCAGAUGUCUUUUUUACGAAUCACUGGUAAACGAGGAUUCUUUGCAACUACUACUGGUGGUGGCAUAUCGAAAAUGGACCUCAAUGUGGAUGCGAAAGAAAACGAACCUGAUCCCAAGAGAAAGCAGUUUACUCUUUGUUCAGAAUGUCAUCAAAUAGCCGUUGAAAAACGCAUCAAUCGACUCGGCGUACUUUGCUGCCUCGGUGCUUGGUGGUUGUGUGGCCUAGGAGUGCUCUUUUGCCUGUAA